AUGCGCCGCGAGUCCCGGCUGGGCGGCGGCCAGAAUCGAAUCGACCAGCAGCACAGCCGGGGUAAGUACACCGCCCGGGAACGGCUCGAACGCCUUAUGGACGAGGGUACGUUUCAUGAGCUUGACCCGUUCGUAACGCAUCGCAUCACCGACUUUGGACUGGGCGACAGGAGACCGCUGGGGGAUGCAGUUGUCACCGGCUACGGAAAGGUGGAGGGACGGCAGGUGUUCGCCUUCGCCAAGGACUUCACAGUGAUGGGCGGUUCCCUUUCUGAGGUCGUCAGCCAGAAGAUUUGCAAGGUGAUGGACUUGGCCGCCAAAGCGGGAUGUCCGGUCGUAGGCCUCAACGACUCUGGUGGCGCCCGGAUCCAAGAGGGCGCGUUGAGCCUUGCUGCCUAUGGCGACAUUUUCCUACUCAAUACGCUGUAUUCAGGCGUAGUGCCGCAGAUUACCGUGAUUGUCGGUCCGGCGGCUGGCGGAGCGGUCUAUUCACCGGCCAUCACCGAUUUCAUCUUCAUGGUUAAGGAAAUCGGCCAGAUGUACAUCACUGGCCCGGACGUCAUACGCGCUGUUACCGAGGAAUGUAUCAACGAGGUCAGGCACCUGCUCAGUUACCUGCCGGGGAACAACGUCGAUGACCCUCCGCUUGAUCCCGCGGAUGACCCGGCGGACCGCCGCGAGCCCGACUUGCGUUACCUGGUGCCUGAGGAGCCAGGGCGCCCAUACGAUAUGCGCGAUGUUGUUUACAAGGUGGUCGACCACGAGGAGUUCAUGGAAGUCCACCAGACCUUCGCGCCCAACAUCAUCGUGGGCUUUGCCCGAAUGAAUGGACGCCCCCCGGCGCGAUUCGUCCGCUUCUGCGACUGCUUCAACAUUCCGCUCGUUACGUUCGUGGACGUGCCGGGAUUCCUGCCCGGAGUGACCCAGGAAUACGGCGGCAUCAUCCGUCACGGAGCCAAGCUGAUCUUCGCUUACGCCGAGGCCACGGUUCCCAAGGUGUCGGUGAUCACGCGUAAGGCCUACGGGGGAGCCUACAUCGUGAUGAGCAGCAAGCACCUGCGCUCCGACGUCAAUCUCGCUUGGCCCGGAGCGGAAAUCGCUGUGAUGGGUGCCGAAGGCGCAGUGAAUAUCAUCUACCGCGAUGAGAUUUCCAAGUCAGAGAAUCCGGACCAGACCCGCCAGGAGCUGAUCGACGACUACAAGGACCGGUUCACAACUCCGUACAUAGCAGCCGGCCGAGGUUUCUUGGACGAUGUAAUCGAUCCGGCAGAAACCCGCCCCCAGAUAAUCCGAGCCCUGGAAAUGUUGCAGACCAAGAGCGACACCAUGCCACCCAAAAAGCACGGCAACAUUCCUUUGUAG